CCAGGCGCCCGGGAAGAGCGGCUCCCGCGCCCGCCCGGCGCUCUGCACCGAAGUGCGCGGUUCCCAGCGCCGGACCCGGCCGAGAGGGGUCUGGGACCCGUGGCUUGCGGGGGGCGCGUGCACCUGCAGCGGCGUGGGACGCUGUGCGGGGAGAAGAGGGUUUGGGGAGUCCGCUGGGGGCCUGCCUCUUCGCCGUCCGCGAGGCCCGUCACACUCCGACAGCUGCAGUGUGUUCUCCUGUGCGUCGUGGCGUCUCCGUCUCCGAGUGCUGGAAAACAGGCCGCUGGGAGUGCUCCUGGAGCCGCUCUCCCGAGCCUGUCCGGUCGGUCUGCGCGGGGUUGGCCUGGGGGCCAAGCAGAUGGGGCAGCUCUGCAGCCCAGGCACCUGCCACGAGAGCGCAAGAGGACUCCUUCCUCCAUUGGUUUUUGCUUCUCAUUCCUGUGACUGCCUUUGGCCUGGGGACAUGGCAGGUGCAGCGUCGAAAGUGGAAGCUGAAGCUGAUCGAAGAGCUGGAGUCGAGAGUUGCUGCUGAGCCCGUCCCGCUGCCAGCAGACCCAAUGGAACUGAAAAAUCUGGAGUACAGGCCAGUGAGGGUCAGAGGGCACUUUGACCACUCCAAGGAGCUGUACAUGAUGCCUCGGACCAUGGUGGACCCGGCCCGAGAGGCCCGGGAGGCUGGCCGUCUCUCUUCCUCACCUGAGAGCGGUGCCUACGUGAUCACCCCCUUCCACUGCACUGACCUGGGAGUCACCAUCCUGGUCAACAGAGGGUUUGUCCCCAAGAAGAAGGUGAACCCUGACACUCGGCAGAAAGGCCAGAUCCAGGGAGAAGUCGACCUAGUUGGGAUGGUGAGGCUGACAGAGACCAGGAAGCCCUUUGUCCCAGAGAACAAUCCGGAAAGGAACCAUUGGCAUUACCGGGACCUGGAGGCCAUGGCCAGGCUCACAGGCGCAGACCCCAUCUUCCUUGACGCGGACUUCCGGAGCACCGUCCCCGGGGGACCCGUCGGAGGGCAGACCCGAGUCACUCUGAGGAAUGAGCACAUGCAGUACAUCGUCACCUGGUACGGACUCUGUGCGGCGACAUCCUACCUGUGGUUUAAGAAAUUCCUACGCCGGACUCCUGGCCCGUGAGCUCGGGUCGUGGGUGCCGGGCUGCGGUCGGCAGGAGUCCCUGAUUUCCAACUUUGUUUUUACUCAGAGUCGGGUCUGUCCGCGUAAAUAAACUCUCUGCCGCGCA